UUUUGCACCGUUGUACUGCUGUUACUGGUGACCCGGAAGCGAUUUUCCUGUUUUCUAUGUAAAGGAUUUUUUUUUUUUUUUUUUUCUUUCACAAAGUUAGAAAGUUUUUUUACUCGCGCGAUGGCAGAUGUAUACAAUGAAAUGUUGGAAAAGCUGAGCAGUAAUAUCUCAGAUAACAAUCUACAAGCAAUGAAGAAUCAUUGCAAGGGUACAAUUCCACAGAGUAAACUAGAAGAUAUUAAGAAUGGUUACAGUUUCUUCGAAGUGCUUGAAGAAGAAGAUAAACUUGGCCCCUUCAGACUCGAUUUCUUGAAAAACACAUUUCAUGCAUGUAAACUACAGACGUUUGCGGAAUUUGUCGAUUAUUUUGAGAAGAAUAGAAAACUUUCAGAUAAAAUAUUUAAUUCCUCGAUUCUCGAUGAUGCGAUCAGUUACGUGGUGAAACAUAUAGGCUCAAGAGACUGGAGGUUUUUGGUUCGCGAUUUGGGCGUCAGUGAAACAGACAUUAGUUAUAUUGCUGAUGAAAACCCCAGAAAUGUACGCGAACAGAUCUACCAGUGUUUCCUGUUGUGGAAGUCGACACAAGGAUCGAAUGCUACCAUACACAGGUUGACACAAAUUUUAAAUAAAAUGCAUCGAAACGAUAUUUUAGAAGGAUUAAAGAAACUCAACGGGCAACAUUAAAUGGUUUUAAUUGAUUCUAUUAGUUUGUAUAAAAAUCUAACCAAGUGUCCUCAGUCCUCACCCUCUUUUCACCGGAUAUGUUGUUAUUAUUAACGUGUCGGGUGAAAUGCUUUACAUUAUUUCUUCCGGGUUUACAUUCUAAAUUCGGAUGCUGCCAGGAUCGACUUUACCAUUCAUCCUUUCGGAAUCGGAAAAAUAAGUAUCCGUUUAAAUACUGAGAUCGAACUGACUUUUUCUUCUCCCCUAAAAUUUCAAAACUUUUACCAUAAUUACAAAAAAAUUAUGUUGUUAUUGCAUGGCAUUACUCCUACUUAGACAUCAACUGACAGCCUUUGAAUCAAUAUGUAACUUCUACCUAUUAAAUCUAACAUAAUAUAAUAUAAUACAAUAAUGAUAUAAUAUAUAUAUUCAUGUAUUUAAUUCUGUUUUAUUUCUACAAACGUACACACCUAUCUGUCUAUCUAUCUAUACACGAACUUAACGAACUGUUACCUUCACAGCCUUUAAUUUUUCAUGUUAACUCGUCGUUAUCAAAUGAUUCUGUUAUUGUUUCAUAUUCUUGUUAUUUAGCCACCACUUCUUGGGUCCAAGUACGUUCCCUUGGUGAUUAGCCCUGUACAUAAUGUGUAUAUAUGAUGGGAUCCAGACACACUGUUGAUUUGGGCCUACGAUUUUAAUGAGAUUUUCUCUCGGCGAAGAAGUGGGUGGAGUAUUAGUAAAGUAUUUCAUUUUUCAUA